GUCGUGUACCAUGGGAACAGAAGGGUCAUUUGGACAGAGGAGGAGAAAGUGGCUGUGUUAACCAAAGCCCAUGCAGGCCAUUUUGGACCACGGAGGAUGCAAGCGAAGAUUGCUCCCCGGUUUUAUUGGCGGUCCAUCACACAGGACACAUUGGAUUGGGUGCGCACAUGUCCUGACUGCCAGCGCUUUGAAAAGUUAAAGACCGAGGCGCCUGAGCUGAAGCCCGUCAAGGUCGUAUCACCUUGGUACAUGGUUGGUGUGGACCUCUUUGGACCUGUGAAAAAGUCGUCUAAGGGGAACAGAUAUUGUCUCACUUUGACCGAUUAUUUCACCAAGUGGGUUGAAGCAAGAACAUUCCCAAAAAAGACAGCAGCCAAUAUGAAGGAGAGUUAUGGAGGUUCUUCCAAACAAUAUGGUUAGGCUGGAGACCCUGGAUGGAAAGCCCAAGCAUACGAUGACCCCGUAUGCAUCACUGAAACCUCUGCGCCCGAGGACUCACCCUGGCUGGCCAAAGGAUUCCCCUUCAGCCCCUGUGCUUCCAGGAGAUGCUGAAAUGCUGACUUCAUCAUCGGAGGAGGAAACUGAGGAGCUGCACCCCGACCAGAAACAACUGCUCGAGUAUGUUUUGGCCUGCGAUCGUCCAGCUAUGGAGCUGAUCGUUAAAGAGGGAGGGGUGUGUUUAACCCGAGAAGAGUUUUGGUCUCUCGGGUUGUCCAGAGACAUGGACUCCACGAUUGGAAAUGCUUGCCUCCAGCUGGUUCAGGAAGCUGCUCAGAGACAUGGCAAAGAUGUCUUCAUUGCCAACAUGUAUAUUGUAGCAACGUGGAAGCACAAAGACGUCGAUCCAAUGUCAAGCCUUCCAAGGGAUGCACAUCUAAAGGAUGCACUCCUCUUCCCAGCGUGGAGCAAGCACAACGGGCCAGAGCAUUACCUUCUCUGUGAGCAUUGCGCAGCACAUCGUCCCAGGAAGCUGGAGUGAGCUCACUGGAAAAGACAUGCAGGAGAUCCCACGCCAGACCUCGGAAUGACUGUGGUGUUUUCAUGCUCAUGUACUCCCCCUGGCUCUGUACGGACACUACUUUUCACUACAGUGUGCUGGACAUGCAGUCAAUCCGGCGUUGGUGGUGUGUCCUUCUAAUGGAGCGCUUUGGCAUUGAAGGGUAGGACAACUUCUUGAAAUAUCUGAUGUAUUGUUUAUCAUGAUUAGUAACUGCCUGUGAUGAGGUGGCGACUUGUCCAGGGUGUACCCAGCCUUCCGCCCGAAUGCAGCUGAGAUAGGCUACAGCGACCCCAAAAAGGGACAAGCGGUAGAAAAUGGAUGGAUGGAUGGAUUAGUAACUGUAAUCUGAAGAGCUUUUCUUCAAUUUCCCCAAAGGCAUGGCCAGAGGUUCUGUUAUUGGACAGACAAGGCGAGCGGCCUAUUGCAGGGCAUUCUUCAGCCAGUCUUUAGGGCAGGGGUCACCAACCUUUUUGAAACCAAGAGUUACUUCUUGGGUACUGAUUAAUGCGAAGGGCUACCAGUUUGAUACACACUUCAAUAAAUUGCCAGAAAUAGCCAAUUUGCUCAAUUUACCUUUAACUCUAUGUUAUUAUUAAUAAUUAAUGACAAUUAAAUUUUGAAACAUAGUUUAUCUUCAAUUUCGACUCUUUAAAAUUCCAAAUUCAACCGAAAAAAAGAAGAGAACAACUAGCUAAUUCGAAUCUUUUUGAAAAAAUAAAAAAAAUAAUUUAUGGAACAUCAUUAGUAAUUUUUCCUGAUUAAGAUUAAUUUUAGAAUUUUGAUGACGUUUUAAAUAGGUUAAAAUCCAAUCUACACUUUGUUAGAACAUAUAACAAA